ACCGUCUUGGUAACUCUUUUCAUUGCAAUGUCGACCGACCUAUCUAGAAUGCGGUCAGCCUCAUUAGCAGCCGUUUUCCUUCCUGCGUGGGCUGAAGCCAAUACAUAUUGUCUUUCAAUACCUCUCCCAAUCAUAUCCUAUCUCUCAAUAUGUCCGACUCUGAUAUUAAAGGACUGAAGAAGGUCCUAGCUCGCCAAGCUAAGCACGACGAGAAGAAUCUCCAGCGAGCAAGGCAAGACUUAGCAAAGGUCGAGAAAGCGUACAACAAGAGUAAGAAAGAUACGGCGAAGGCUCGUGAUGAGCUGCAGAAAACGCUGAAGCAGCAGGCAACUACAUCCAAAGAUCUGGAAAGUGCACACAAGAAGCAAACGAAAGCUGCAGAGACUUUGAGGAAAGUCGAGGACACGUACCAGGAAAAGCGGCACCAUGAGUCGCUGAGGUUCCAGGAUGUGGAAAAGGUUCAGGAGCAGAUGUCUGAAAGCUACCGCGUGAAGGCCGCAAAUGACCAGGAUCGCGAGCGGCAAAAGGCUUCUGCUUAUAUCUCGAUGAGACGACAGCAAGUUGCAGAGGAAAAUUCCAACUCUGACCGUGGUCCUGUCACCUCCUUUGCUCCUCCGGCUGACAAUGGAGUACAGUCCUAAUCUUGUGUAUCUGCUCGCGGUUGAAUCUGUGUCUCUCGUCUUUCUGCGACUUCCCCUGGGGUUCAUUGUCUUGCGUUUUCUUCUCGGCCGAUCUGCUGAAUCUACGACAUAUUCUGGACCUCCGCACCUCUACUGUAACAUAUGUCGAUGUUUGAUGCAGAUAUUAAUACUAUUACACUGCGUUGCUUGUC